AAUAGCAUUUCUUAACGUUUGGUUUUCUUCAGAAAAUGAACAGGAUCAAGGCCAAAAUUGGUUAGCUAAGCAAGAUCUCGAUAAAAUUGGUGCUGAAAACUUGACUCCCCUCACUGAACAGGUGAUUUCACGACAAGCUACUAUCAAUAUCGGAACGAUAGGCCAUGUGGCACACGGAAAGUCAACACUAGUGAAGGCCAUCUCUGGAGUACACACUGUCAAGUUUAAAAACGAAUUGGAAAGAAACAUUACUAUCAAGCUGGGAUACGCUAAUGCAAAAAUCUACCGCUGCUCUAAUAUAGAUUGUCCCCGACCUGGUUGUUAUAGGUCCGCCGGUUCUUCAACUCCUGACCGUUUCCCUUGUGAACGACCUGGUUGCGGAGGACAAUUUUCGUGUGUUCGUCAUGUCUCAUUUGUCGACUGCCCCGGUCACGACAUUCUUAUGGCUACUAUGCUUAAUGGAGCAGCUGUGAUGGACGCAGCUUUUCUACUUGUCGCUGGAAAUGAACCGUGCCCCCAGCCGCAGACUUCGGAACAUCUGGCUGCUGUUGAGAUUAUGCAAUUGCAGCAUCUUUUAAUACUUCAAAAUAAGGUGGAUAUUAUCAAGGAGUCACAAGCACGAGAGCAGUAUGAUCAAAUUAAGUCAUUCGUUCAAGGCACCGUCGCUGAUAAGGCUCCAGUGAUUCCAAUUUCUGCUCAACUAAAGUACAAUAUUGAUCUUGUUUGCGAGUACUUAUGUAAAAAAGUACCAGUUCCAUCCCGCGACUUCACGUCACCUGCUCGUCUCAUUGUCAUUCGAUCGUUUGACGUUAACAAACCAGGAUCUGAAGUUGACAGUUUAAAAGGUGGUGUUGCCGGAGGUUCAAUUCUUAGGGGUAUUCUUCGUGUGGGUCAAGAAAUUGAGGUUCGUCCUGGUAUUGUAUCGAAGUCCAGUGAUGGUAAAGUGCAGUGUAGGCCGAUAUUUUCAAAGAUCGUUUCAUUGUUUGCGGAACAAAAUCAUCUUGAAUAUGCUGUACCAGGAGGAUUAAUUGGUGUUGGUACAAAGAUUGAUCCUACACUUUGCCGAGGCGACCGUUUAGUAGGACAUAUAUUGGGAGCUGUGGGAACGCUUCCUGAUAUUUUUACUGAAAUCGAAAUCAAUUUUUUCUUGUUGCGACGACUCUUAGGAGUUCGUACCGAAGCAAACAAGAAAGCAGCUAAGGUUCAAAAACUAACUAAAGGAGAGGUGCUUAUGGUCAACAUCGGGUCACUCUCUACUGGUUGCCGUGUUAUCGCUGUGAAAGGUGAAGCAGCAAAAAUCGCGUUGACUGAUCCCAUAUGCACAGAAAUUGGUGAGAAAAUUGCGUUAUCACGUCGUAUUGAAAAGCAUUGGCGACUGAUUGGAUGGGGAACGAUUCGACGCGGUGUAACGAUUGAGCCCCAUAUGGUCGAACACUGCUAA